CUGAACUUGGAAAUAUCUGCCAACUGAAGAAGAAGAAGAAGAGUGAGGGUUUUUUGAAGCUCAAAAACCUGAAAAUGGAAGCUUUAAGAUGUAUAGGCUUAGGUGUAUCUGCUAAUCGAUUACCUCUUCCACCAACCAUCAAGAAACUCCAUAAACCACCCACUGCUGUAACCGGCGGCGGAAACGCCAGCGUCUCCGGUAAUUUCUCCGCCAGCAAAUGGGCAGAUCGUCUCCUCUCCGAUUUCCAAUUCCUACCUUCUCCAGAUUCUCCCGACAAACCCCAACAUUCUACCUCCUCAUCCGUUCUCUCUGCUACAAUCCCUGCGCCGCUUCCCACCGUCGAGCGUCACAUCUCAAUCCCUAUAGAUUUCUAUCGAGUGCUAGGCGCGGAAGCUCAUUUCCUCGGCGACGGUAUCCGAAGAUCGUACGAAUCAAGGGUUUCCAAGCCACCUCAAUAUGGUUACAGUCAGGAUGUAUUGAUUAGCAGAAGACAGAUUCUUCAAGCCGCUUGUGAGACAUUGGCGAAUCCAAGUUCUAGAGCGGAGUAUAACGAAGGACUGGCUGAGGAUGAAUUUGAUGCUAUCAUAACCCAGGUCCCCUGGGAAAAGGUUCCUGGAGCUUUAUGCGUUCUGCAGGAAGCAGGAGAAACUGAACUUGUUCUGCAGAUAGGGGAGAGUUUGUUGAGUGAAAGGUUGCCUAAGUCAUUUAAGCAGGAUAUUGUAUUGGUUAUGGCAUUGGCUCAUGUUGAUUUGUCUAGAGAUGCUAUGGCUAUGUCUCCUCCAGAUUUCAUUAAAGGCUCUGAAGUUUUAGAGAGGGCUUUGAAGUUAUUGCAGGAAGAAGGUGCCAGUAGCCUUGCACCGGAGCUACACGCUCAGAUCGACGAGACACUAGAAGAGAUAACACCUCGUUGCAUUCUGGAGCUUCUUGCUUUUCCACUCGAUGAUAUAACGAAAAGAGAAGAAGGUCUUCAAGGUCUUCGAAACAUUCUGUGGGCUGUCGGUGGAGGAGGUGCAGCCGCCAUUGCUGGUGGCUUUACCCGUGAAGAUUUCAUGAAUGAAGCAUUCUUACACAUGACAGCUUCCGAGCAGGUCGACCUGUUUGUUGCCACACCAAAUAACAUACCGGCAGAAAGUUUCGAAGUUUAUGGAGUUGCACUCGCCCUCGUUACUCAAGCUUUCGUAAACAAAAAGCCCCAUCUAAUUCGAGAUGCUGACAACCUUUUCCAACAACUUCAGCAGACAAAGACAACAAAUAUGUCAAACUCUAAUUACAUUUAUACCGUAAGAGAAAAUCGAGAAACAGACUUCGCUUUAGAACGAGGGCUAUGUUCUCUUCUUAUAGGAGAAGUUGACGAUUGCAGAUCGUGGUUGGGAUUAGACAGUGAGAACUCGCCUUAUCGCAAUCCAUCUAUUGUUUACUUUGUCAUGGAACAUUCCAACAACGAGAAGGAAAAUGAUUUCCUUCCCGGUCUCUGCAAAUUGUUGGAGACAUGGCUGAUGGAAGUUGUAUUUCCAAGGUUUCGUGAUACGAAAAACUUGGCAUUCAAACUUGGAGAUUAUUAUGAUGAUCCAAUUGUUCUUCGAUAUCUAGAGAGGCUCGAGGGAGUUGGUGGUUCGCCAUUGGCUGCUGCAGCAGCCAUAGUUAAAAUUGGGGAGGAAGCUACUGCUGUGCUUGAUAGUGUUAAGGCUGGCGCAAUUCAGGCAUUGAGAAGGGUAUUUCCCCUCAGUAAAGGCGAAGACAAUGUUUUAAACAGUUUUCCAUCAGAAAGCGAGCAGGGUGGUCUGGGUGAGGUUCUAGAUGAAUCAUCCCCUACUAUCUUACCAGAAAUUACAAAGAGAAACGAUUCCUCUGAAUCACAUGAGCAGGAAAAUAUUACUUCCAACAUUAAAGAAGCAACCGUGAAGAUUAUGUGUGCUGGUUUGAUGGUUGGAGCAAUUACUCUUGUUGGCUUGAAAUACUUACCAUUCAGAAAUGGUUCCUCGGUUCCGAGAAAAGACGUCGGUUCACCUGUGGUUUCUGAAGUUCACGAAGUGGAUCUAAAAGCAGCCGAAAAUGCAGAAGAAAUACCUAGAAUGGAUGCUAUAUUAGCGGAAACUCUUGUUCGCAAGUGGCAAAACAUCAAAUCACAGGCUCUUGGCCCUGAUCAUAGCCUUGGAAAGUUGUCUGAGGUUUUGGAUGGUCAAAUGCUGAAGAUCUGGAAAGAUCGAGGUUCAGAAAUCGCUGAACACGGUUGGUUUUGGGAUUACACACUUGUGAACUUAAGCAUCGAUAGUGUAACAAUAUCUCUCAAUGGAGACCGAGCAAUUGUAGAAGCAACUCUUGAAGAGUCGGCUCAAUUGACCGAUAUAGCUCACCCGGAGCACAAUGACUCAUAUAGCACAUCCUACACAACAAGGUAUGAGGUGUUACGAACCAACUCCGGUUGGAAGAUUGUAGAAGGGGCUGUUCUUAAAUCUUAACCGGUUUUAGUUUUUUUUAAAUUGCUAAAUAAUCAAUAUGAUGAUUCUUUCAUGUAUAUACAUUUCUUUAAUAUGUUUUUCACAAGAAGAAUGACUGAUUGA